CCCUUCCUUCCCAACCUCAAGGCAGACGGGCCGGUCUUUUAUUCUGUAGCACAGCCACACCGGAAGCCGAAUUUGACAUCUUGGCCACGUGACUUCCCACGAUUUGGCAAGUUGCAUGAGCUGAAUGCUUGCUGACGGGGAUGGUGCGAUGUCACUGUCGUAGACACUGUGCGGUACAUUACAGCAAGUAUCUCAUGAACGACAACAUCAGGAGUUGAAAUGAGAGCAGUUCUAACGUUAACACUUGUGUACUUCUACACCUACCUGUCGCUGGUCGCUGGCACCUUAUCCAAAACAGAUGCCAAAAAGGCCUCUAAAGCACAAGACACAGAGGCGCCAGUAGCUGACCGACCGGUUCAGGAACGGGGUCUCAUUGUGACGGACCCCCAGUGGAAAGACAUUGUCCGAGAAGAGAAGAGGUUCUGCCCUCAGGCUGUGGCCAAGCGACAGUUCCAAGGCUCUGUUUUAGGAUACAUCACCCCUUGGAAUUCCCAUGGUUAUGACGUUGCUAAGCUCUUUGGUCCCAAGCUGACGUCCGUGUCUCCGGUGUGGCUUCAGCUGAGACGACGAGGUCCUGAGAGCUUCCACAUCACUGGCCUACACGACCAUGACCCAGGUUGGGUUAAAGCGAUUAGAAAAGCCAACAAAAAGAACAAAAUAUUGCCUCGUCUGCUGUUUGAUAGCUGGUCUUAUCAGGACUAUCUGAGCGUGCUGGACAGUGAGGAUGAGAUCGAGGAGCUGAGCAGAGAGGUGCUGGAGGUGGGGAAGGCAGAACGGUUUGAUGGCUUCACACUGGAGCUGUGGAGUCAACUGGGAGGGGACAAGAGAAAAGAGCUGGUGCACCUGAUCACACACCUGUGUGAGGAUCUGAAGGCUGGAAAGCUGAGCUGUGUGCUGGUCAUCCCACCUGCUGUGGCCCCUGGGUCAGGCCAGCCAGGCAUGUUUGGACGUGAGGAGUUUGAGAAGUUGGCCCCUGUGGUGGACGGCUUUAGUCUUAUGACGUAUGACUUCUCCAGCCCCGGAAGGCCGGGCCCCAGUGCUCCGUUGCCGUGGGUGAGGGACUGUGUGUUGCAGCUGGACCCCAGCAGCCAGUGGAGACAGAAGAUCCUGCUGGGCUUAAACCUCUACGGCCUGGACUUCUCCACACAAGGGGGGGCAGAACCAGUGCUGGGGGAGCGGUACAUUGAGCUGCUGAGAGAAAUCAGACCUAAACUUCAAUGGGAUGAACAGGCUGGAGAACAUUACUUCAGCUACAAGAGCAGUAACGGGCUCAAGCACGUGGUGUACUACCCAACACUGAAGUCUGUCCAGCUGAGAGUCCAUCUGGCCACAGAGCUGGGCACGGGCGUCUCCCUGUGGGAGCUGGGCCAAGGACUGGACUACUUCUACGACCUUCUGUGAUCAGCAAUGCAGGGACCAAACAAGCUGUGUGUACGCAAGUGUGUGAGUGUAGGUACGUGUGUGUGUGUGUGUGUGUGUGUGUGUACGUGUGUGUGUCAUUGUUCAGGGAUUACCACGGUGACCUAGCUGUUAGGGCAGACCCACUUGAUGGCCUCCAUGGAAGACAAAAAGGAAAUCAGGACUUUGAAACAUAUUGUAUGUCAUUAUUCUUCUCACACAGCAUGGUAAUAUAAUGACAGCUGGGUCAUCCAGGAAGAUCUCAUCAGGACCUGGACUGCGUGACUGAAAUAACCGUCACGUCACGUCCCUGCUUUUAGAGGGAAGAGCUGAUGUCAUAGGAGCUCAGCCAAUCGUGUUCCACUGUCUAUGGUCACCAUGGAAAUACAUCAAACAUCAGGAUGGUUGUCUUUUAUGCAUUUGAAUAAAAAUCUGUUUCAUAUACAGUGUAAUAUCA